AUGCAACAUUUCAGUUUUGCAAGUAUUAUCAAAACAUAUUCAGCUACAUGCUCUUCAUAUAUUUGGAUUUAAAUAGAAUUCAUCAUAGAAAGUUAGCUCAUGAUUGUAAAUAUUAUAUGUCAGGUGCUAGUUAAUGUGGAUCCUUAUUCAAUUUAGUCAUAAACACAUAAUCCGUAAGAAAAGAUUCUAAUAGAUGUCACGCAAAAACUAACUAUAAAGUCAUAAGUUGAUUUUUCAAAUACUGUUUGCAUAUUUAUAUUGUUUUAGGCUGAACUUUGGUGA